AUGUACAGCUUCAUGGGCGGAGGCCUCUUCUGUGCCUGGGUGGGGACCAUCCUCCUGGUGGUGGCCACGGCGACAGACCACUGGAUGCAGUACCGGCUGUCGGGGUCUUUCGCCCACCAGGGCCUGUGGCGGUACUGCCUGGGUAGCAAGUGCUUCCUGCAGACGGAGAGCAUCGCGUACUGGAACGCCACCCGGGCCUUCAUGAUCCUGUCUGCUCUGUGCGCCACCUCCGGCAUUGUCAUGGGUAUCCUGGCCUUCGCUCAGCAGUCCACCUUCACGCGCCUCUCCCGGCCUUUCUCUGCCGGCAUCAUGUUUUUUGCCUCCACCCUUUUCGUCCUGUUGGGGCUGGCCAUUUACACCGGAGUCACCGUCAGCUUCCUCGGCCGCCGCUUCGGGGACUGGCGUUUCUCCUGGUCCUACAUCCUGGGCUGGGUGGCUCUGCUCAUGACCUUCUUCGCAGGGAUCUUCUACAUGUGCGCCUACCGGAUGCAUGAGUGCCGGCGCCUGUCCACGCCCCGCUGAGCCCGAUCAGAGCCCCCAACUCCAUCUGGAAGGAAAAAAAUGCAGUCGCCGAAGAGGAGGGGGAGGGUCUAGAGGCCAGAAAUCCUGGUUUCUGGGAGCAUGACGGGGCUCACUCCUGGACCAGGGUGGGGGCCCCUGACUCCUGUGUCCCAAGGGGGAAAGAGGAAGAGUGGGGCCUGGUGGGAGGGAGUGGAGGAGAUGCAAGGCCCCCACCUGCCAGGCAGGUUGUUAGAGAUGUGGGAUAUCCUGUAGAGUGACAUUUUGGGGUCUAAUAAA